AUGCAAUCAAACCUACCUCAAUUUACGUUCAAAUGGCCCAAGGGUCCCAAGGCCGUCAUUCUAACGGGCGCUUUCGAUGAAUGGAAGGGUACUUUACCCAUGGUGAAGGACUCCAGCGGCGCAUUUGAGAUAACCCUGCCGGUGAAGUUUGAUAGUCCUGAUAGCAAACUUUUUUUUAAGUUUAUUGUUGACGGCCAGUGGCUGCCCAGUAAAGACUAUAAGGUGACCUCUGAUGAGGCAGCGGAAAAUAACUUCAUUACCAAAGAAGACAUAACACAGCAAUAUGGAAACAGCACUGGAAUGCUGGUUCCUGAAAGUGCCGGAUUAGCAGUUUCCAAAAAUAGCACUCUAAUUGAGCCGGAAGAAGGAAAGCCCGUGAAGCUAAGAAGGUUUAAGAUAAAGAGGGUGAUAAAGACAAACAAGAAGACGGGGGAAAGUUCGAUAUUUUCUCAGGAGGUGACCGAACUGCACGAUAGCGAAGAUGAAGAGCAGCAAGUGAAUAAGAACGGCAAAAAUAUAGAUGACUCAAGCGGCACUGCGACUAUGAUUGAGAAUAACAUUGGCGCUGUAAACGAGGAAAAAUCGGUUAAACCAUAUGAAGAAAAGCAACAUAAGGUUAGUCUUGUUAGAAACGAGGAAUCCAUUACAGACUUGGGCAAGACACAAUCUUCUGAUUCUAGAUUAUUUGAGUUGUCGGCUGAAGAACUUGAAAAGGAAGAAGAGGAGGAAGAGGAGGAGCAAAACCAGGAUGACACGGGUGCAGAUGCCGAAGUUGCAAAGAUUCCCAACGAAAAACCUUUGAAUGAAGCCACGAACACUGAAAACCCUCAAGAGGAUGUAGCAGUCGGCGCAGCUGCGAUGACUGUUGAGGAGACUCAUGGGAAACCCGCCGGUGAAGUUACGGCCAAGGCCCAAAUUUUGGAGGCAAAACAAAAGCUACCAGCCGCUACUGCAAAAGAAGUUGAAGUGAAGAGAUCUAACAAAAGCGCAAGAUCUGCCGGCACAAAUGGAGCACCACGUGAAAAGGUGCAAGAAAGUCCUGCCAAGAAAGGAGGGUUUUUCAGGAAGUUGAGCCAGCUUCUAAAGUAA